UUUCGGGGGAGAAUUGCGAACAGCCCCAGCCGCGACGGGAAGAGAUGUAUCGCCAGAUGUUUUUCACGUGCCAAGUGCAGUACCUCAACGACGUCGAUCCGUUCAGUUAUCCAACCCUCUAUCCGGAUGUUAACCCUCCCGAUCACACCUUCAGCGCAACCUUGCCGCUAAUCAACCAGCUCGCCGCAGUACACCGACUUCUUCGAGCGCCUCACAGGCUCGACGACACGGCGCUCCAGCUGUACAAGGGCGGCGAUUAUGGCGCUUACCUGGACCUCGAGGCUUCCAUCAACGAGCAGCAGGAAGAGUUCGAGGGCUUCCACGAAGGUGAGAGCCGGAAGAACGCGAUCAUUCUCAGGACCCAGCUGUCCGUGAGGGUUCACACCAUCAUAGAAAAAUUGCUGAACAGCGAGGGCCGCGAGCUGCGACGAGCUCUCUUCUCCCUCAAGCAGAUCUUUCAGGAGGACAAGGAUUUGGUGCAUGAGUUCGUGCAAAAUGACGGACUCGCCUGCCUUAUCAAAGUCAGCAGCGAGGCCGAUCAGAAUUAUCAAAAUUACAUUUUGCGAGCACUCGGCCAGGUGAUGCUGUACGUCGACGGUAUGAACGGAGUGAUGGAACACGGACAGACUGUGGAAUGGUUAUAUACAUUAAUCGCCAGCCGUUUUCGGCUGGUAGUCAAGACGGCGUUGAAACUGCUCCUCGUGUUUGUCGAAUACGUGGAGACGAACAGUCUGCUGCUGGUCAGAGCUAUAAGGGCGGUGGACCAAGCUAGGGGUGUGGUGCCGUGGAUUAACGUAAUGAAACUCCUCAAGGAUUACGACGCCGCCGAUACGGAGUUGCUUAUAUACGCGACGACUUUGAUCAACAAGUGCUUGAACGGCAUCCCCGAUCAGGACACUUAUUACGAUCAAGUGGAUUGCCUGGAGGAACAGGGUAUGGAGGGCGUCAUUCAAAGGUACAUGUCGAAGCAAGGCACGGAUCUCGAUCUGCUCAGGCAGUUUCAGAUCUACGAGGCGGUGCUGCAUCACGAGGACGGCGACAGAGGUUCGCCUAUACGUCAACUGGAUGACAACAUAAGAAAGACUUUGCGUAAUCGGAAAUCUCUAGUGGAUUCUCACGAGCGGCGAAAGUCUCGAAGACACUCGACAGGCAACUCGCCCCUGUCGAUGUCCUUGAAUACACGUCUUAGUCCACGAUUAAAUCACUCCCUGGGCGUAAGCUCAAUGAACAACACCUUGAACUCGAGCCUACCGGACGACGACGACGAAUCAAGUAGCUCUCAGAGUUCGCAGAGCCAUUUGGGUGAAGUUCAGCUCAACGGCAGUUACAAAGAGAACAAAGUGGAUGUUGGUGUUACACCGGCGCUGAGACGGCGAAGAGAACGUGCGGAGAGACAGAGGAGCUUCAUUAGAGAGCAACAAGAGGCUACCGCAAACAUGAGAGCUUCGCUUGGACACGGCGACGAUCAGGAAAGUUCCUUUGCGUCAAACAGUCUGCGAUACACGAACGGCACCUCUUACGAGAGAAAUGCAGAUUCUCCGUCGAACAAGUUGUCCAGAGCGAACAGCAGAAAGGACUUGACGCCGCUGAUGAACGCCGCGAACAAGCUCGACUCGGAGGAGAAGAAGCCAUGGUACGGCAAAAGUUCCAACGAAGGUGUCGAGUACAACGAGAGUAAUCACACCGACGAGGACGAGGAUCGUCGAGUAGUUCUACAGCUUAAGAGGGAGGGAACUGUCAAGGAUCUCACGCAGAAGUUGGCAGCGCAGAAUCUUAUACCUAGCAGCCCCGUGGAGGAGAAAGUUUCCAGGAUAGGAGACAUGAGCGGACUGAUCUCGAAGGCGAAGGAAGGUCUGGCGAAGUCCAAAUCAAAGGCGGACGUGCUGAAAUCGCCGACCGGCGAUAAUCUGCCGAAGCUGCAGGAAACGAAGAAAUCCGAGAACGAGCUGCAUUGGGAAGAGCUGGUGAAGAAGCUGAAGAGACCGCUGUCUCUCUGCGAUCUGGAUUUCACCGAUCUGAAUUCCGACGACGAGAUCGACGUGCUAGGAUCCGCUAACGUGACAAACGGAGUGCCGCCCCCGCCGCCGCCGAUGGCACCUCCGGGCGGAGACGUUCAAGCACCGCCGCCACCGCCUCUGGGUGCGAGAUUGCCGCCGCCGCUUCCUCAAGGUCCUUUCGGCGUCAGUCUGAAGAUAACGCGUCCGCCGCCGCCGGCCAACGAGACCAGCAACACAACGCCGAAGAGUCCGCCGUCGUUGCUCGCGAAAAAGAGCAAGAAGACAGUGAAGCUGUUCUGGAAAGAGGUGCGGGACGACCCCGCAAUUCUCGCGCGUCUCGACAAACACAAGAUGAUUUGGGACGAGCUGACGCCAGUAGCCGUUGACACGCAGAAGCUCGAGCAUCUCUUCGAGAGCCGCGCUAAGGAUCUCAUCACCAAGCAGAAGCAGCAAGAGAUGAACAAGAACAAAGAGAUCAUCGUGCUGAAUCAUAAAAGAUCGAACGCCAUUAACAUCGGUAUGACGAAAUUACCACCGCCGAGAUCGAUCAAGACUGCGAUUUUGAAAAUGGACGCUACCAUCAUGAACAGAGAAGGUAUUGAGAAACUCCUGACGAUGCUGCCUACGAAGGAAGAGAAGUCCAGAAUACAAGAGGCGCAGGCCGCCAAUCCUGAUCUUCCUUUAGGAUCGGCCGAACAGUUCUUGCUGACUUUGACCUCCAUCUCGGAACUGCCGGCAAGACUAAAGUUGUGGGCGUUCAAACUGGACUUCGAGAACUCCGAAAAGGAAAUCGCGGAUCCCUUGAUGGAUCUGAAGCAGGGCAUGGAGACUUUGCGAGUGAAUAAAACGUUCCGCGGGAUUCUCAGCACGCUUCUUUCGAUUGGGAUAUUCCUCAACGGAAAUGAGGUAAAGGGCUUUCAGCUGGAAUACCUCGUCAAAGUACCUGAAGUGAAGGAUACGGUUCACAAGCACUCACUGCUUCAUCAUCUCUGCCACAUGGUGAUGGAGAAGUUCCCAGAUUCCACGGAUCUCUACUCGGAGAUCGGCGCUGUAACAAGAGCCUCGAAAAUCGACUUUGACGAACUGGCGGCGAACAUCGCGAAACUCGAGAGCGAGUGCAAAGCGUCCUGGGACCAUCUCAAACUCAUUGCGAAGCACGAUGGUUCCACGAUGAUGAAGGUCAAAAUGUCAGAUUUUCUUGCCGAUUGCGCCGAAAGGAUAAUCGUCUUAGGCAUCGUGCACAGACGUAUCAUAAAUCGUUUCCGUAAAUUCAUCUUGUGGCUCGGUAUACCGCUGCACAGAGUGCAGGACACGAAACCGAACGAGUUCUGCAGAAUUGUGUCCGAAUUCGCUCUGGAAUACAGAACCACCAGGGAACGGGUGAUACAGCAGCUCGAGAAGAAAGCCAAUCAUCGAGAACGCAAUAAGACCAGAGGAAAAAUGAUAACGGAAGUUGGCAAGUUCCGUACAAAGGAGGAUCGAGCGGACGCGGAACUCAGACAACUACUCGGCAGUGACAUUUCAGACGUCGAGAGUAUCCACGGCACUUUACCGUGGCGGAGACAGAGGAAAGACGGACGUAUUAUUCCGUUGGGUCCGGUGCUCAGGGACGAGAGCACCAACGGCACUUUAGCUGACGGCGUUGACGAACUAUUGGAAUCUCUAGUGAAAACCGCGACAAAAACGCCAGCAACCAGAACUACGCCUCGCGAACGCAAGCGGACCAGACACGCCGAUCGUAAGUCUUUGCGUAGAACGUUGAAGAACGGUCUCUCGGAAGAGGAGAAGAAGCACAUCGCCGCCUACAUCAAGGGCUACUGACUGUGAUAAUACUCGCGAGGCCACGGAGACACGCUCUCACGAAACGAGACGAGGACGUCGAGCCGGGGACGUCGAAAGAGCGAGAAAGGGGAGUGAAGAGAAGUUCAGUGAAGACAUCGCGAUCCUUCGAGAAGAUCUCGAUUUUAAGAAUCUUGUUCCGCACCGUCAUCGCGACGGUUCGACGCUUCGAGCAACACGACACGAUCAAUAGGAUUUGUGACGUUCGCCGAGCUCGACAUCCACGCGUUUUAAGCCCCGCGUGCACUUCGUGUGUGCGUCUGUCGUUUAAUUUGUCAAACACGAUAAGGACGAACACAAAGAGAAAAAGUAAAAACAAAAACAAAAACAAAAAAAAAUAAAUAAAAACAAAAAACCCGCGUUUUGUUGUAAAUUAGAAUUACUUAUUAUAUAAGUAUUAAUCGGUGAUUCUUAAGUUUAAGCGCGAACAAAUUCCUCUUCGACACGCGCGAAGCAAGAAUAAUUUUGCGCGCUAUCUUAGAGUCUGUAGCAAUUUUUCUCUUUAUUUUGCAGCGAUUUUUCUUGUUACGUAGACUCUCUUUGUCUUUUAGAAAUUUUUCUCUUUCACGAAAGUUUCUUUACUCCGCGCAAUUCUUUAGACAUUUUCUUUUCACGUUUACCUUCUUUUCUGUGAAAGUUACGCGCGCAUUGCUUACGUGUUAUUACACCUUAUAUGUAUCGUAUCUUUCGGAGGAGUUACACAGAAACGACAGGGUCGACAAUAGCAUCAACACCACGUGCCUCGACGAAUUGUUUUUUAAAUGACCGAUCGAUUUUUUAAGACCGACUCUACUCUCGAGCGAUCAUCGACGCGCUUCUUGUUGUCAUCGAUCAAUUUGCAACGAAGAAACACAGAUAUUUUGCAUACGAAACAAUUAAAUAUUCUAGAACGAUUCCUGUCGAAUUAUUUAGUUUGUUGUUUUUUUUCACUGAACUAGCUGCACCAGAAUUCAUCAUGGCCGUUCAGAAUUCAUUCUUCUCGCUCUAAAUGGAGAAAAAAAUAUAUGAACUCUGAACUAGUGCAAUCAGUUCAGCGAAAAAAAAAACAAACCAAUUAGCGCGAAUAUACCGAUAUACAUACACAUAUAUAUAUACAUACAUAUAUAUGCUGAACGACGUAAAUUUCUAGCGUGACUUGCGCCUUUAGCUUGAGAGAAGCAACUCAAUUAUCCUCUAAUCAUCACUUUAUUGUUGCGUUUUGUAGAGGCGCAUAAUCGCAAUCAUUGUAACUUUCAGUGGAAAUGAUUCUUGAAAUAAAACGAAAAGUAAUUAAACAAA